AUGAGUGUGAAGCUGCCGCAGUCGAAGGAACCGGAGUCGCAGACCAGAAUCAACUACGACAUCAACUUGCUACGCGAGACUUUGGAGCGGCUAUUCAUCCCGGGAGAAGAAACCUCGGCAAAACAUCAUCCGUAUAAAGUCAGCGUUCCGCCUUGGGAAACUCGCAAACGGCUCUGUUGGCUCUACGCGUCCGCUCAAGGUGGUCCUAGGAUCGGACGUUGA